UAUCCAGUCGUGCUUGGGUUUUUGGCUGGUGCGUUAUGAGGAGUACUAGUAGUACUUAAUUAAAUUCGCAGGGAAUAUGCUACUCCUAUUACUGCUUCCUAAUAGUGUUACGGAUUCGGGAGGGUAUUACGUAUUCGUGAGGGUAAUACAGUGUGACGGUGCCUGCCUUGGACCCGCACCGGAAGAUCUGCGUGCAGCGUGGAAAGGUCAAAGCACGAUCGCUGGCCUGUUCGCUUCACCUUGUUCAGCUGGCUUAUCAGCCAUCGAACAAUAUUUUUCUCUCACAACAAAUCAGUCGUUUCAGCUUUUCAGCCAGCUUAUAAGUUCAGCUGAACAGGCCCUCGUGCCAUCUCGUGGUCCUGUCGAGUACUUUGGAUUGCUGUAGGCUGCUGUACCAGAUGUGAGGCUUGUUGUCAAGGGUCGCCCUGGACUUUAGCAAUUUGUUUGUUGGGAUUAUGCUGAGAUACUUCUGUUGCUGAUGGUGUUAAUGUUGGGGGAAAAGUCCUGUUCUUUCCUCACGUGCAGCAUCAGUUACUCUGAUUAACAUUAAAAUUAUGACGUCUCAUUCAGGUGCACUUUGGGAAACAGGACUCCAUACUUUUUCUUCAUUAGUUUGCAGUGAUGAGGCUAGAAUGGGGAGUUUUGAGAUGUCCCAUCAGCAAGCCUUGGCACAAGUAACAGCACAAGCAGUCCACUCUCAGUACAAUAUGAUCAAUAACUCAGAUUACUCGAUCCCUUUUUCAUCGACAACAAAACCAGCUGCCAAUGUGAAAUUACAGCAUGUCAACCCUGCCAAUGUGACAUCAACGCAGGAGAUAUCAACUCUGCCGUCACAUACUGGUAACAACAACAUUGAACCUAAUGAGGUUUCACAAGGACUCCAGAAUUCUGCACCCACUUUUGAUAAACCUGCUGACGAUGGAUACAACUGGCGGAAGUAUGGCCAGAAGGCGGUUAAGGGUGGGGAGUAUCCAAGGAGUUACUACAAAUGUACCCAUGCGAGUUGUCCAGUUAAGAAAAAAGUGGAGCGCUCAGGAGAAGGACACAUCACUCAAAUAAUUUAUAGAGGUCAGCACAACCACCAGCGUCCACCGAAAAGGAGGUCCAAAGAUGGUGGUGGUCUACUAAAUGAAGCAGAUGAUUUCCAUGAGAAUGAAGAUGCUUCAACUAGAUCAGAACCAGGCUCUCAAGAUCACUCUGGAAAACAUGGGGGGUCAAAUGAUGGCUUAGCAGGGCCUUCAGUGUCAAGGAGGAGAGAAGGAGAUGAACAAUUGUCGGGCUCAAGUGAUAGUGAGGAAGAGGCAGAUGAUGAACAGAGGGUAGGUAAUGGAGAUGCUGGUCGUGCAAAUGCAAACAGAAGACAUGUGCCGACUCCAGCUCGAAGGAUAAUUGUGCAAACAACUAGUGAGGUUGAUCUUUUAGAUGAUGGUUACCGAUGGCGCAAGUAUGGACAGAAAGUAGUAAAAGGGAAUCCACACCCGAGGAGUUACUACAAAUGCACGUACCAAGGGUGUGACGUGAAGAAGCAUAUCGAAAGGUCAUCACAAGACCCAAAGGCUGUUAUAACGACAUACGAAGGGAAGCACAGCCAUGAUGUGCCAGCAGCCAGGAACAGCAGCCAUGCUGCUGCUGCUGCUGCUAACGCUAACGCGUCAUCCUCCAGCAGCUUACCACACAAGGGCCAGAAUUCAGCAUCCAGUAGUCGCAAAAGAGCAGACAUGUCAUCGGCUUCUUCUAUGCUACUAAAAGAGGAAAAUGAAAUAACAUAGAGUUUUGUAGUUUCUAGCAGCCUGAAUUAUUCUGUUCUCUCCGUUCACUUCCCAGGUGUGCUGCCUCACGCACUGUGCUGGAGCGAAUUGGCAUUGUAAGUCCUCCAUGGUUUUAGCGAAGAGCGAGAUCCUUUUGUUUAUGCACUUCCAAGAGCUUGCACUUCCUGUUUUGCAGCACUGUGUUAUGUUGUUAUCCCAUUGGUUGUAAAUGCCAUUAGUCUUACCCAUGGAGAACUAUAGUAGAUGACAGCUUUCACGAGCCAAUUGUAUAUUCUCGAUUUGGAACUUUUAAAGUCUUAACUGAGAUGAUUUGUAGAUACACGACUCUAUCCUGGCCCCUGUAAGUGUUAUUUCGACAGGAUAUAUAAAGUUAUAGUUGCUGAUGAUUGGUUGA